AUGGCGUACAAUUCCACGCUUAGUAAGCCCCCGCUACCACCGCGGCCCUUCCGCCCAAGUGCCCCGGCUUUGCGCAAACUCCGCGUGAAUCCGUUUCCGCCUGUUUCGCCUCCGCGCACUGGUUUGGCUGCGGGAGUUGUUGGCGAAGAAGCUAUCCCUUUGCAUCCAUCGCAUGAGCAACAUGACAGUUUCGGUUUGUCGCAUGACGUGUCGCACGAGACGUCGCAUGGAGUUUCGGAAGAUCGCCAGCCGUCAGUGACGGAAUGGCAAGGGGGUCGCGUCAACAGGCGCGUGGUCUGGCGGAAUGCGCGCGUAAGGGGGAUAUCGGCGGAAGGCCAACCGGAGUCGGGGGGCGGAACUGGCGGAACAGCUGGGCCAGAGGGAGAAGUGGGGAGGGACGAGAUGGAGAGCAUAGCGAGGGAGGAAGCGGCAUGGAAUGGAGAGGAAAGGGACAAGCCUGGCACGGAAAGGGAGGAAGCCUGGAGAAGCAACGAGCGCGGCUCAGUAACUCGCGGGCAGAUGGAGCGGCGCGAGUUGCUGCUUUUCGACGGGUCGCACAUGCUUCCGAAGAAGCGCGGCGCGUGCGUGUACUAUUACAAGACGGGGCGGUUCACUCUUCAGUACAUCAACCCGCGCAACACCACGCUCUCCCCCUCCGACGCCUGGGCGCCCCAGGGCAAGCGGCGAGUGCUCAGCGGCGACUGCCGCUUCGCGCUCAACACGCAGUGCAAGAUCGUCAAGACAUUCCCCAACGCGUGCGACGACGGCGACCGCUGUCGCAUCAGUCGCUGCGUGUGGUACGGCAAUCGCAUCGCCUCGCCCGCCGCCUGCUUCCCCUUCCCCUCCUGCUUCUUCGCCCCCGCGCGCUGCUCCCGCUCCCCGCGCGCCCUCUGCGCGAAAAAGCGCCCCGCGAACGUCUUCCACGUCGUCGACGAUUUCGGCGCGGCGGGUAACGGGAUCGUGAACGACGCGCGUCCAAUAACGGCGGCGUUUGAGGCAGCUUGUCGUUACGCCGCUAAUGCUGCCGUUCCUGCCGCUGCGAAUAACAAGGCGGGGAGGCAUGCCAUAGUGGUGAUUCCGAAAGGGAAAGUGUUUAAGUUUGGGAGCCCGAUGGUGUGGCAAGGCCCGUGCGGGGCAGGGAAUGUAACGAUCCGGCUGAGCGGAAAGCUCGUCUUUCCGCUGAAUCCGCUUGCGUUUCGCGGGGUUCCUGAUUUCAUUCUGCUCCUGGACCGGAUCCAACGGCUGAGGAUCGUCGGGGGAGGCUCGAUCAACGGCAUGGGUUUUGCAUGGUGGGACCUGUUUAAUAAGAAGCAGCUUAAGUGGAAUCAGAAGAUCAGGCCUGGAAUGUUGUUCCUGCACCGGUGUACCAACGUGGAGAUCAGAGGAAUCACACUUAGCCCGAACACAGACAGCAUUGGCAUCGGCAUGUCCUCAAACAUCACUGUAGAGGGCUGCCAACUACAUGGAGGUGACGACAAUGUGGCGAUCACGGGCGGCAGCAGCAACAUACUGCUGCAGGACCUAGUGUGCACUGCUGGCCAUGGCAUCAGCAUUGGUAGUCUGGGAGUGGACGGCAGUCUAGCGUGUGUGUCGGACAUCCGAGUGCAGAACGUGCAGCUAGCAGCGCUCUCCAACGGGCUGCGCAUCAAAACCUACCAGGGCGGCCAGGGCGCCGUCUGGAAUGUGAUCUACGAAAACGUCACCAUGCAGGACGUUACCAAUGCAAUUAUCAUUGAUCAGAGCUACUGCGAUCGGAACAAUGUGGGUCCAGAGGGAUGCACCAGCAGCAGCGGCAACGCAAUAGCCAUUUUCAACGUCUCCUAUUACGGCAUCACGGGUUCCUGCAAUGGCAGCCGCGGAAUCGAUCUUUCCUGCAGCCCCAACACCCCCUGCCAAUCCAUCUCCCUUGACUCAAUCAAUCUCAAACGAUCGCUACAGUCUACAUACUCCAGUUUGGGUGCUCGGUAUAGGAACGUGUAUGGGAGCAGCAUUAGGGUGGCGAGUCCGAAGGUUACGGGUGCUGUUGUGUGGAGCACGGCCAGCAUUGCUGGUUCCAAGUCGAAUAACAUUGCUGCUCAGGCAGCCAAAUGCGG